UUUUACAUAGACUCUGCUUUGUCUUUCUCGUAUGCUGACUCAAAAAGAACCUUUUUUUAUUCCAUUUCGUACAUUAUCAAAAGAGGGCUAUAAACUCUAGUCUUUGUCCAAAUGAUCAUGAAACCUCCAGGCUUCCGACAUUUUCUUGAUUUCCAAGGUUUCAGAAAUCCCAAAUUAAAAUAUAGCUAUAAAAUUAGGAAAGAUACCCAGAGUCGCGCACGGAGUAAAAUUGGUGGAAAUUAAAUUAAUGGAAGCUGCAGAGGAGGAGACGGCGGCGCUGCCGCAGUCGGUGGAGGAGCUGCUGCGGAAGAUAUGCGCGGAGCAGUCACAGGAGGCGCCGAGCGUGGAGGUGAGGAGACGGCUGGGCGCCAUUGGCGAAGAGGGGGCUAAGAAAAUCUUGAAGAAAAUAGCCAGUCGUCCCAUCAAAACAACUUUGAACGCCUUCAUCAUUUACAUGUUGAAUAGAUACCCAAAGUGUGUGAGUAGUGAAGAUCGCAGGAGCCCCAUUUCCACGCCACACAAAUCUGGUUUCACCAAAUCUUCUCCGGCCAAACCCACCGGCUUGUUGCGCUUCUAUCCUCCUCUAAAGGCUUCUCCCAGGAUGUUAUUCUCAAUUGACGACUUGGAAUCUCGACUGGCGAAGAAAAUUGGUGAGGGCUCUUCUUCCCAGGUUUCCUUGCCUACUGCUACAACUUCUUCAACCAUGCAGCUUCCUCUUCUUCUUCCUCCCCCUCAGGAAAAGAUUACAAUUACCACUACUACUGCGGCUGCUCAGAAGAGAAGUGGUUCUUCAUCUUCUUCCCUGCAGCCCGAGGUUAAGAAACUGAAGCUUGGGAUGGAUAUAGAUCGAAAUGCUUCCAUUGCUUGCGGUCACAUCGAUGCCUUGGAGCUUGUAGAAAAGAUGGCUCCCCCAGCUGACCUAGAGAGGCUGGAGGGACAAGAGACAGAAGAGCUAUUCAAGUCUUCUAUCCACAAGUCUAUGGAGGUCAUCUUCCACAUGGUUGAGUUGCAGAAGCGCAUGGCAGUGUGCAUGAGUGAGCUAAAGACCUACCAAGAGGAGAAAGAAAGUUUGAAGAAAGAGUUGAGCAAUGAGGUUGAAAAGGUGAGGUUGUUGAAGGAACAAGUUUGUGAUGAGGUGGUAGACGCUUACUUGAAAGGCAAAGUGAAGAUGCAGCAGGAGAUCUAUCAAUCGCUGCGAGACCGCUUCCCUGACGACUUCGAUAUCUGUUCAUGGAAUUUGCCAGUUCAGCUCCAACUUCCUUCUUCUUCGUCCAACAAUGCUAUGAUUCCUCCCCUUGUGAUGUUGGAUGAAGGUGGUACUGAACUAUUGGAGGCCGGAUUUGAAUUUGAGUGAGUAGCGGGCUCUCAUCUCAUCUGCGUGGAAAACAACACUACUCACAAGCUAGCUAGCUAGGCUCCUAUGCCCACUCCAACCAAAAUUGAUUAUUAUUGUCGUUAGUGACCUAAUUGU